GUGCACAAACGAGCAACGCCCUUUUUCCCAACCCUUGUUCCAAGCUAGUCUCGAAUGGAGACGAAAUAAAUGGGCGGGGAAUUGCUCGCUCGCUCGCGCGUGUGCUGCGUGUGUUCCAUGUGUCGCGCGCUGGUGAGCAGUGUCGUCCCCUCUGCAGAUCAGACGUGCCGCGGUGAACUGGUGAAAGAGGCGGGAGGUAGACGUCAUGGCCAAGUCACAGCCGCUCAAGCUCUCGGAUCUCCGGCCGGGCGUCGACUACUCCGUGACGGGCCCGCAAGAGCAAUCCGAGCGCCGCUGUCUCUUCCUCGUCAAGCUGACCGACUUUAGCAUGCGCUCCAUCGAGAGCCUCAUCAACAGCGACAAGGAUGCGUGUUUUUCUCUGUGGUUUGGAGACGGCGGAGGGACUAUUGGUAUACCAGGUAGCAAGGAGUACAGGAAGUUUGUGUUCAAGACUUCCCAGGGUGACAUCGAUGGACUGGAGUGUGUGCAUCAGGCACUGGACUCUGCCAAGCAACCGAGGCUCAACUGCUGGGGCCAGAUUCGCUACAAGUUGCAAGUUCAGGGUACGGAAGAGGUAUACAAAAGAACCAUGAAACUCAUGAAAGAAACUGAGGAACAAAAGCAGAAAACGCGAACACAGACCAUAAAUUUUCCACAUUCUUCCUCCAAAGGCCGGUCGAAGAAAUCCGGCAGACCGGGAGGGGGACGCCCCCUGUCGAAGACCUCGUCGCCUUUCUCUGCCCCCUCGGCUCCUCCUUCCUCUCACUCCUACUCCUCCGGUCCUUCUUCCUCGUCUUCAGCUAGCGGUGGAGUGGGUGGAAAUACCUUCAGCUCAAAGUUUUCGUCAGCUAGUGGUACCACUAGUGGCGGGGGGACCAACACCAGUAACGGUCCCAGUGGUCUCGGUGGUACUACCAGUAGCAGUGGCAAGUCGUCUGGUGGCAGGAAAUCCUCAAAAGCACCUCACACCCUCAAAGAGAGGAUCAUCCAUCUCCUGGCGGUGAAGCCACAAAGAAGGUGUGACAUCAUCAACAGACUCAAAAAAGAGACGAAGAGAGGUGAGACCGCCAUGUCAAAGACCGAUUCCCUGCUACAAGAGGUGGGGUCUGUUUCCAUGGCAACACCUCCAUGUUUUUUGACGUGGAUGCUGUGUCGUCAUGGCAACACUGGAUGUAUUUCGUUUUCCUCGCAGGUGGCAGAUGUUCAGGGAGACAUGUAUCACUUGAAGCAGUCGCUUUUUUCUGAGUUAAGAGUAGAUGACUGGCCGUUCUACUCUGAUGCAGAGAGGCAGUUGGUCAAAAGGAGACAUGGCGGAGGAAGUGGAGGAGGAGGAGACAAUUUCAGUGAUUAUAUGAAACGUCCAUCAGCAGCAAGAGAUCCACCUCCAUCCAAGAGACAAAAGCUAUCCCACCCUCCCCCCUCCUCCACCCCUCACCCUCCACCCACAACUCACACCCCCUCCUCAAAGAAACCCUCGCCUCCCCCCUCGUCAAAAUCAUCCAGUGCCCCACGCCUCAAUAUGCCCCUCUUUGGAAUGGACACUUCUAAUUCAGCCAAUCCCUCGAGUAAUAUUGAAAUGCAGUCAUUCAGCAGCAGCGUACUUUCUUCCCACUCUCAUGCGUCCAAUCAGAAUCCGUCCGUGGCAAAACCGCAGACUCAGUAUCCCGGAUUAAUCUUCUCGAAUUUUGUUCGCAGCAGCAGCUCCUCCCUCCAUCAUCCAUCUCCCUCUCUUCCUCCAUCUUCCUCCCUCCCUCAUCCAUCUCCCUCUCUUCCUCCCUCUUCUUCUCUCCAUCAUCCUCCUCAUUCUGUAGCCCAGAGCAAUGUACCAGAUGUACACAGCUCUGCAAGGUCGUCGACUAAACAUGAGCACCAGCAUUCACAACCUGUGUCGACCGGACAAUCUGGUUUGUCAGCUGGUCAGACCAGUUUGGGUGGACCGCCGUCUACCGAUGGAGAAGUUGGCGUGGCAGGUCUGUUGCCCACGGCGACAGGAGGGGGAAGACUAUUCGGAGACCUAGUGCAGUCUGGUGGGACGGCAACAUCAACUGAAUCGACUACAGAGACUGCCGAGUCAGCAAAGAAGAAGAAAAAGAAGAAAAAUUCGCACAAGACCAAAGAUAAGGGAUCGUCUAAGGUAGUUGCUGAGGGGAAGGGGGGUUUGAUGAAGACGAGUGAGGGUGUGAGGGAGGGAAAGGGGAUGAGGGAGGAGGGGGGAGGGAAGGUGGAAGGUGAGGGAGAAGGCGUGGCAGUCAAGAAUGAGCUCAUGUUGGAGGAGAACGGAGCUUCGUCGACCACACCCAGCUCCAUGGACCUUGACCUACUAUUUCCCCCAAUUACCUCUGAUGCCACGAGGGCAGAGUACAAAAAGGUCUUCAACGAUGAGUACCAGGAAUAUCUCAACCUCAAAGGUCAAGUAGAGGUCGUUCGUAAGGAAGUGACAGCGCUUAGCGAUCAGAUGACAGCAGUCAAUAAGGGAACUGAAGAAGCAAGGAUAUUGAAGAGGAAGAUAAGGGAAAAGUACACGGAGUUGGAGCAGAACAAAACGUACCAGUCGCAGAAGAGAAGAUACCAAGAACUGCACACAAAACUCGGGCACAUAAAGAAACUGGUGGUGGCCUAUGAUCAGUCUCACUAGAGCCGCACAAUAAUGGUGAAAAUUGAGUCUCGUGAAAAUUUCAUCCGCAAAAAUGCUUUUUUGUUCACGCAUGCGCACAAUGUCGGGCGGGGGCAUGCAGUGCGCGCGCGCGUGCCAGGUUCGAUCGUCGAAGGAGGGAGGGUCAAAGAUGAGGAUUUCUGGGUUGAGUUUGUUGCUCCUGCUCUCCCUCGGUUUGGGUGCAGGCUCGAAAAAGAAGAGCGUACUCGACCUAUCUGAGCGGGACGUGCACAGAAUAUAUGAACAGUGGGAGGAGAAUGAUGAAGACUCGGAUGAGGAUGAUUACGAUGAUCUUGAUCCAAGAAAGCCACGGUCAGGUCCACCUAUAGACAUUGAGAAGCUGCAGUCUGGAGGCAAAAUAGACCCUCAACAGAUACUGGAGCAGUCCAAGAAGGGGAAACCCCUGAUGAUAUUCGUGGGGGUGAAGGACCCUCCCAACGAGCACUACACGGAGCAAGUGAGCCGACGAUGGACGCAGAGUCUCAUGAACGCCCACGUUCCAGUUGAGAGGUACGUCGUGGCCACUGAUAGAGUCCUCUUCAUGACACGAGACGGGAGCAAGGCCUGGAAGAUCAAAGACUACCUCGUAACUCUCGAGGAAUGCACAACAGUCAAUUUCGAACACCUCUCCUUCCCUUGUAAAGGAACAUCGGAAGGCAGCGAAGGAUACCAACAUCCAAAGCAAGAACUGUGAUUGGCUAAAAUGGGCUACAGUCAUUGUAUAACCAGGAGGAAUAGGAGUGAUUGUUUUUUCUGUUUUUUCAUUCCCUGAUCUGUAUUAUAAUGACCAUUUUGAAUCACUUCUUUUUUGAUAGCACAUUGUAAUUAUGAUGACAUAAUAAAUCAUGUGAUAAUGAAAUAAAAA